UAACCUGCCAUUUUAACCCAAUAUAGGACUCCAUUCUGUUGUGUGAACAACGCAAUAAAUAAGGACACGAGACCAGUUUCAAAUUUGUAACGUUGGCUGUUGUAUCAAAGCAGCCAUCGUCUCCAAUGCGUAAGAGGCGGGGACCUACUUGGUGAAAGACGUUGCUGAUAGGCGGAAAAGGAAGAAAAUCCCGCCCCUCAGAUCACUAAACAACUCCCUAUUGGUAACUUGUAGGAGCUAUGGCCCGUACCAAGCAGACAGCCCGUAAAUCUACUGGAGGCAAAGCCCCACGUAAGCAGCUGGCCACCAAAGCUGCCCGCAAGAGCGCCCCUUCUACUGGUGGGGUCAAGAAGCCCCAUCGCUACAGGCCUGGUACUGUGGCCCUGCGUGAGAUUCGUCGGUACCAGAAGUCCACUGAGCUGCUGAUCCGCAAGCUGCCCUUCCAGCGCCUGGUGAGAGAAAUCGCUCAGGACUUCAAGACUGACCUGCGUUUCCAGAGUGCAGCCAUUGGAGCCCUGCAGGAGGCCAGCGAAGCAUACCUUGUUGGUCUGUUUGAGGACACCAACUUGUGCGCCAUUCACGCCAAGCGUGUCACCAUCAUGCCCAAAGACAUCCAGCUGGCACGUCGUAUCCGUGGGGAGCGUGCUUAGAUGCCUCCCUAAUUUACCUGUCCUGUCUCUUUUCCUCCCUUACCACUUUUCCUUAUAAGUAGCUUGAUUUGAGUAAUGAUGUGACAAAAGUAGUGUCUAGUCUUGUCCCCCUUAGCAGCAGACUUUUAGGGUACUUUGUGUAUUAUGUAUCUGUUUUGAAGCUGCUCUGAGUCUCAUCUUUAAUGUGUAUGCAAAUCAGCACAGCAAAGGAUACAUGAAGCAUCUUGGGCAAGCGUUUUCCCCUCCUACUAUUGACUAUGCUAUUACAUUAUUAUAACAGGGUUUUCUAAUUGCUAUACAUGCAUUGUUUUUUUUACAUGUACCCUUUAAUGUUUUUUUUUUACAACAAGUUUCUACUGUUUACAGGAUGCAUUUACAAAUAGUUCAUUCUGUUCAGAAAUUGAUUUUUUUUAUGACAUUGAUUCAAAAUGUUGCAAAGGCCUAUAUGUAGCGUAAUGUUGAUGUAUUUCUCCCAUGUUUUUAUCCAGGUAAUAUUUUAGUUCCUUUCUCAGGUUGUGAUACCCUUUUCUUACUGGUUUUGAUUUAAUAAUUUUCUGUAAAUUUUAAGCAGACAUUUGUAAUAUCCAGAAUUCUCAAAGGUGAUAAUAAACUGAUGUUCCACAA